AUGCCUGAUGCCACUGAUUCAAAGAUAAGCAGCAAUGAGUACGCAUUUCCUAGAGGAGGCGCUACUGGAUUGACUCCGCUAGAGGUGAAGGAGAUUUCAAAUGAAGCUACGAAAGAUGUAUUAUUUGAAGUAGCGAAUCAAAAUAAAAGAGCCAAGAGUGGAUCGGAGGCAGACAAACCUAGAAAGAAGCAACGCACAAACAAAAAGAAAGGGCCCAGUUCAGAAGUGUCAAAAACCGGAGAUGACGCCGAGGAGGAUGAGAAGAAGGUACAAAUCGAGUAUUUGUCGUUCAAAAAUCUAGUACCCGGGUCAUUUGUUUUUGGUCAGAUCCAAGCAGUUAACAAAUUGGACAUGGCGUUAGCCUUGGAGAACAAUUUGGUUGGAUUUGUGCCCAUUAAUGCGAUUAGCGCACACAUCACCGGUUUGAUCAAGAAAUAUGAGGAAGAGAGUGAAUACGAGGGUGACGAUGAUGACGAUGAUGAAGAAGGGGAAGGUGGUACUCUCAUGAGUACAAAGCCGGAGAAAGAGUUUCCUGACUUGAAAUCUAUUUUUCGUGUUGGUUCAUGGUUGAAAGCGAAAGUUGUCGAGACAGAAAGCUCCAACAAAAAGAGAAUAGAGGUGAGUAUUGAACCGGAAUUAGCUAAUGCCAAUCUUGAAAAGGAAGACUUGGUUCCAGGAAACAUUGUGCUGUGUUCAGUAAAGUCUAUCGAAGAUCACGGUUUGAUAUUGGAUUGCGGUAUUGAAGGGUUUUCUGCAUUUGUUUCAAACAAAGAAUUGAAAAAUGCUGAAAUCGAUCUCGAAACUUGUAAAGAAGGACUUGUGCUAACAACCACGAUCGUAUCUAAACCUUCAGGAAGAGUCAUUACCGUUAAACCUGCUAUCGCAUCUACUACUGCAAAGAAGCUCACUCCAAUUACCACAAUUUCGUCUGUGGAUGCUAUUCAAGUUGGUUCAGUCGUGGAAGCUCUUGUCAGCGAUGUCACCGAUGCUGGUAUCAUGACAAGGGUAUACGGGUUAGUCGAUGGAACGCUCAACUUUUCCGAUCUUCAAAUCUUCAGUACACAGGAGUUGAAGCACAAAUUCGCUAUUGGAAGUAACAUCAAGACGAGAGUGGUGGCGAUUUUGCAAAAAGGUGGCGUUCGAAAGCUAGUGCUUUCAUUAGUGUCGCAUUCUUUACAAAUGGGCAAUGAAUCUUCGAAAACUGAAGCUCUAGAGGCAUUCCCAGUGGGACACGUAUUUGACGAUGCGGAAGUUCUCGGAUCUGAUCAAGAAUACGUUUAUGUCAAACUUGGGUCAUCCACGUUGGGUCAGAUACACAAUUCGAACAUUGACGAAUCGAAAACGUUGAUUGAUUACAGUGUUACCAGUAAGCACAAAGCGAGAGUUAUCGGAUUCAACAUGAUUGAUAAUUUGUACGUCUUGACUUUCAAACCCACCGUUAUUGAUGCUCUUUAUUUGACAGUAAAAGACAUACCGGUUGUAACACUUUUACCAAGCUGUGAAAUUAUCAAAGUCUUACCGGACUCAGGCGGUAUACAAGUGAAGUUUUUGGAAGAAUUUCAAGGCUUUGUGCCCCCUAAUCACAUGUCUGAUAUAAAGCUUGUCUAUCCAGAGAGAAAGUUUAGAGUUGGGUCCAAAGUUAAAGGUAGGCUAUUAGCUCACAAGGGGAAGACGCCAUUGGUAACCUUGAGAAAAUCAUUGGUCAAUUUGGAAGACGAUGAAAUACUAUCAAGCUUUGAUGAUGCGAAAGUUGGGUCAAAGACCAAUGCUAUAGUAGAGAAAUUUGUCCAUGGAGGUGUUUUAGUGUCCUUUUUCGGAUCGCUUCGUGCCUUUUUACCAAAGACUGAGAUUUCGGAAACAUUUGUUGAUGAUGCAUCAAAGUAUUUGAAACUAGGUCAGGUGGUGAAUGUUAAAAUCUUGGAUAUCAACGAAGAGCAAAAACGUUUGGUGGUGACUUUGAAACAAUCGAGUCAGUUGUCGGCAUCACAAAAGACCGAAAUCGCUAAUUUGAUACCUGGUAUCUCCGUUGUUCACGCCGUUGUUGUUGAAAAGAAAAAUGAUUCGGUAUUGAUUGAAUUAGAAGGGUCCAAUUUAAGAGGAGUGGUUCACGAUGGUCAACUCAGUGAUGGCAAUUACGAACAAAAUAGAGCUUUGUUCAAGAAGCUUGAGAUUAGUUCGAAAGUGGAAGUGUUGAUUUUGGAGAAGGAUUUGAAGGCAAGAACUGUUAUCGCCACUGCUAAAAAGUCUCUCAUUGAAGCAUCAAAGAAGAAGCAAUUGCCUACUGAUUUCGAUGACGUACAACCAAAUAGGAUCAUCAAGGGUUAUGUCAAGUCUGUUACAAAUUUAGGACUCUUUGUUGCGUUUACUGGGAGAUUAACCGGUUUGAUUUUGGCCAAAUACGUUUCCAAGAGCGCCCACGAGGAUUUAUCAAAAAGAUUUUACAAAUAUCAAUCAUUAACAUGCAAGGUGUUGAGUGUUGAUUCAGAGAAUAAAAGAUUCUUGUUGACAAUCGCCAAUGGCAAGGAUAGUGAUGGAGACAAUUUGAUCAACCCCGUUGACCCCACCAAAAAGACUAUUGAAGAUUACGCUUCUGGUAUUUACACCAAAGCCAUAAUUAAGUCUGUUAAAGGAACUCAGUUGAAUGUUCGUUUAGCAGACAACUUGAAUGGUCGUGUUGAUGUGACUCAGUGCUUCAAGUCAACAAAAGAUAUCAAAAACCUUCUCCAACCAUUGCUGUCAGGUUUCCAUAAAGGAGAGGAGCUCAAUGUAAAGGUUAUCGGUAUACAUGAUGCCAAGAAUCAUACAUUUUUGCCAAUCACUCACAACAAAACCAAUAAGCAAACUAUUAUGGAGUUGUCCUUACAAGACCCCCAAGUUCGCAAAAAGAAUUUGAGCGAUUUGAAACUCCCGGAUGUGCAGAAAGGAGACAAGUUCGUAGCUUUUGUGAACAAUAUUGAUCGUGGGUUUGUUUGGGUAUCUAUAUCACCAUCAAUCAAAGGACGUAUUUCCUUUAUGGAUUUAUCAGAUGAUGGUUCCAUCUUUUAUGAUUUUGAGAAUAAGUAUCCAAUUGGUGCAGCUUUGCAAGUUAAAGUCAAAGAAGUGGAUAAUGAGCACCAAACAUUGUCAUUAACGUCGAGAGAACAGUAUAUUUCCAAGUUUGAAGAUGUGGUUAAAGAUAAAACAUAUCCAGCUCGUAUCAUCAAAGUUAAAGACCUGUACGUUUUGGUUGAUCUUGGUGACAAAGUCAUCGCUUCGUCUUUUAUUACUGAUGCUUUGAAUGAUUAUUCUGAUAAACUAGAUCAUGCAUUCCAUGUCAAUGAGUAUGUCGGGGCCACUGUUUUGGACAUAGAUGUCGAUCAACAUAAGAUUUCUGUUAGCUUGAGGGAUAAAGACAGUAUGGAUAAAACUAUCAACUCGAUUAAAGACUUAUCUCGCGGCGAUGUCGUCAAGGGAUUUGUCAAGAAUGUGAGCUCCAAUGGUGUCUAUGUUUCAUUGGGAAGAUCAGUCUAUGCUUUGGUGAGAGUUUCCGACUUGAGUGAUUCGUAUUUGAAAGAUUGGAAAAAGUUUUUCAAACCAAAUCAAUCGGUUACUGGUAAAAUCAUCAACUGUAAAGAAGAAGGUAGAAUCUUGAUGACUUUGAAAGAGAGUGAAGUCAACGGAGAAUUGAAAACCAUGAAAUCGUUUGAUGAUUUAGCUGUUGGCGAUGUAUUCGAAGGACAUGUAACCAAGACUACUGAUUUUGGAGUAUUUGUCAAAUUAGAUGGAACAGUUAAUGUUAGUGGAUUGUGUCAUCAUACGGAAAUAUCAGAAAAUGACGUCAAGAAUGUUAUGGCAUUGUUUGGAGAAGGUGAUCGUGUCAAGGUGAAAAUUUUAAAGAUUGAUCCUUCAAAGAAGCAGUUGUCCUUGGGAAUGAAGGCAUCGUACUUUAAAGACUUUGUGGAGGACGAGAGCGAAGUUGAUGUUGAAAUGAAGGAUGCUGAAGAAGAAGAAGAAGAAGAAGAAGAAGAAGAGGAAUAUGAGAGCGAAGGGAGCGAAAAUGAUGAUGUGGUUGUUGAUGCUGAAAAAGAAGACAAGGAAGAAGAUGUAUCUGAUGAUGACAACGAGAGCGGUGAAGAAGACGACGAAGAAGAAGCACAAGCAACUUCGGAACCACGUUCCUUAUCCACCAAUGGUUUCGACUGGACUGCGUCGAUUCUUGACCAAACCGAGGACAAUAAUACCUCUUCUGAUGAUGAAGAUUUCGUGAAUAAUUCAAAGAGCUUGAAACCGAAGAAAUCUCGUAAGCAAACAAAAGUGGAGGACAAGACUAUUGAUUUGAACACUCGCGCACCACAAUCGGUUGCUGAUUUUGAAAGGUUAUUGAUCGGUAAUCCUAAUAGUUCUAUUUUGUGGAUGAAUUAUAUGUCAUUCAAUUUACAAUUGAGUGAAGUUGAUAAAGCAAGACAAAUUGGUGAGCGUGCUUUAGAAACAAUCAAUUAUCGUGAAGAACAAGAAAAAUUAAACAUUUGGAUAGCAUUGCUAAAUUUGGAAAACACAUUUGGUACUGAUGAAAGUUUAGAUGCUGUUUUCAAAAAAGCUUGUCAGUAUAUGGAUUCAUUUACAAUCCAUCAAAAAUUGGCCAGUAUAUUGAUAAUGAGUGAGAAGUUUGAUCAAGCAAACGAUUUGUUCAAAGUUAUGAGUAAAAAAUUUGGUCAAAAUGUCUUGACGUGGGUUUUGUAUGGAUCAUUUUUGUUAGAUCAAGAUGCGAACAACGAAGCUCGUCAAGUAUUGGCCAAAGCUUUACAAGUGUUGCCCAAACGUGACCAUAUCGAAGUUGUACGCAAAUUUGCACAAUUAGAAUACGCCAAGGGGGAUAUUGAACAAGCAAGAUCAUUAUUUGAGGGACUUAUAGCUGAUGCUCCAAAGAGAAUCGAUUUGUGGAAUGUAUAUAUUGAUCAAGAGAUUAAAUGUGGUGGUGGUGGUGGUGAUGUUGACGAGGACAAGGAGAAGAACAAGAGCAAGACCGCAUCCAAUAAGCAACAAGUUGAAAGUUUGUUUGAAAGAGUGAUUGAGAAUAAAAAAGUAUCACGUAAACAGGCCAAGUUCUUUUUCAACAAGUGGUUGGAAUACGAAGAAAGUCAAGGCGAUGACAAGAUGGUUGGUAAAGUUAAGGCUAAAGCUAUUGAAUAUGUACGUGAAAAUGAGUAA